AUGAUCUAUUCAACAAGCCGUUUUCUCGCUUUGGCAUGUGCCGCCACGGCGUCCUUGUCCUUGGUCGAGGCUCGACCAGGUUACAAGCGUAACGACAAACCAUCUUGUCGCUUUGGUCUUGAUUGGUCCCAGCAAGAUGUUCUUGAUCAUACAGACGAUUUCAUCUGGGAUCUUCUGUACUGGGAAGGCAAGUUCCACCAAAACGACGUGGCCUACAACACAGCCAAUGGCAUGUCUUAUGAUGGCACCCAGCUUGACUGGAAGUCUGGGAAGCGCACUAAGAAGCACACUUUUAGUGCUGCAAGCAAAGAGGCACUUCAAAUCAUGCUCUACGCUCAAGCCAUUUCUGGCUCCAAGGAAGCUGCUCGCUUUCUGACACCACAAAAUCUUGGUGCAGCGCCAGGGCUCGCGGCUUCCAUCAUGGAGACCAAGUUGAAGACUUACCUUCAGUUCAAUGAAAGCUAUCCGGGCUUUGGUGGUUAUCUGCCUUGGAUUAAGACCGAUAUCCAAGACAUCAAGCCCCAAGAUGGGUGGGAUAACCGAGUCCCUGGUCUCGAUAAUGGAGAACUCAUUUGGGCCGUCUACGCCUGUAUCGAAGCCUUGCAGAAGCAGCCAAAUGCCAAGUUCCACAAGAUCGCAGACAGCUGGCAAGACUGGCUCGAUUACGUUGCCUCAACCGCUGCCGAGAUAUUCUAUAUCGGUAAAGGUCGAGUCUGCGCCGUGACUGAAAUCGCCGAUCAGACUUUGCCAGUCAAUCACCCUAAGCAGUCUUACAAGUGCGAGACUGAGACGUACCUCGACGACCCAUACGAGGGCGAGCUCUUCACCUACUUUCUGCAAUUCUUCAGCAAGUUGUCAAAGGCUGAUAAGAAGAAGCUGUGGGAGUACAAGAGGCCCAAGUUGGAGAAGACUGAGUACUCCCAGGGCGGCGUUGGCCCAAUCACCGUGCGAAAGGGCUUUUGGUUCUCGAGCCAUGAGAUCUGGAACCAGCUAGAGCUUCCGUACUAUGACGUUGACAUUGUCCGUCGUCUCUUCUUGAACGGAGAACGAGCCCGCACAUGCAACUCUGUGGUCACCAAGUCUCCCGGCCUAUAUGCCUCUGUCAACAACUCGACCGACCCAGAAACUGAUACCAUUAUCGGUUACAUCUCUCCCGCUGGAAUUCCGUCAAUUGCAAGCCAGAAGGACCAGUAUCAUGAUGUCAUCACUCCGUAUGGCGCGUUCCCAGUCGUUCUGUUUGACAAGGCCGUGGGGUUGGCGUGGUGGAGAAACAUGAUUGUCGGCAAGAAGAUGCAGAACCCCUACGGAAGCACAGAGUCAACUCGCGUCGACGGUGAGCUAGUCUCGGCUCUUGUGACAUGGGACAGCAAGGUCACCACCGUUGUUGCCCUGUUGGGUGGCGUAGUAGACCUCGUCCGUGAUCGAAUGCAAUCUGACGGCAUCUACGAUGAGUUUUUGAAGAUCACCGAGCGAGAGCAUGUUCGUGUUUUCGGUCAACACCUGAAGGGUGAGGAUAUCGAUCUGUGUCUUCCAAAGGAGAAAGUUCCGGAUGCUGGAUUGAAGGACUUCACAGCGUGCCGGGCGUAG